AAAUUAUGUAUAAAGGCCUGCAAAUCUUAACCGACAUCACAAAGUAAUUUGAGACUUCAAACUAAAAUCAUGUUCCAAGCAAUUCUGAUUACAGCUUUACUAUGCACAGUAUCCGGAAAGGUGCUAUCGGAGGAGGAACAGAUGAAAGUAACAAAAGUACAAGUAACAUUGAAUACACCAGAAAUGUCAAGUGUUGAAGUGCCAGCAGAAGUUGUUGAAGUUGUUAAUGACCAAAAGCUAUCUACUAAUACAGUUGGAGUUAUACCAGUAGAGGUAAUGAAAGAAAAUAAAGAAAUGGGAACUUCAAGUAAAAUGCCUGUGAUGCCAGUGGGAGUAGUACCAAUGCCGACUGUGUCUAAUACAGUUGGAGUUAUACCAGUAGAGAUAAUGAAAGAAAAGAAAGAAAUGGAAAGUGCAAAUAAAAUGCCUGUGAUGCCAGUGGGAGUAGUACCAAUGUCGACAGUCGUAACAAAAAUGCCUAAAGUAGUUGUGGGACCUUCAAUGCAAAUGCCAAUGAAUACACCAACAGAUAUGGAUGUUGCGAAAAGUUCAGAUCCUUGCGAUUUACAAUGCACUAAGUUAGAUUUGAACCCUGUCUGUGCUAGCAGUGACUUAUGUAUAUAUGAAUUUCCUAAUAAAUGCGUAAUGGAUACUUACAAUUGCAAACAUCCCGAAAUGAAUUUUAAGGAAACUAAAGAUGAGAGAUGCAAAAUGUAUUGGCUAAAACAUUGUACUGAAAAAGAUCUCAUGGGAUAGACUGAUAAAUGAAUGUACUUAUAUAUAUUCUUUAAUACCUCUAUACCUUUUCAAAAA